CCGCCCAUUUCGGGGUUUUCCAUGUACCUGGACCAAUCAACGAACGCCUCGGUGUAUUCAGCCAUUUUGUAUGAAAAUCAAGGAAAUCUGCCGCCGUUCCAGAAACCUGUGGAUUAUAUCGAACGAUGGAAGGACACAAAUUAGAUGCUGAUCUGUAUCCUAUGGGACCUGGCUACGUCACAGACAUAGAGAAAAUGCAUCCUGCUGUCUUUGGAGUAACUCAAAUGAGUAACCCUCCUUUUCUCUCUCUCACCAGCGUCUCAGUGGGUACCAAGAGGGGAUCUGAUGAACUCUUCUCCUCCUACAUCAUGACCCCAGCCAACGGUAAUGACAGUAAGAAGUUCAAAGGUGAGAUGCGGAGCCCCAGCGCUCCAUCGCGUGUCAUCCACCUGCGCCAGCUGCCCGGGGACAUCCAGGAUUCUGAAGUCAUCAGCAUGGGAAUGCCCUUUGGGAAGGUCACCAACCUUCUGAUGAUGAAGGGAAAGAACCAGGCGUUCCUGGAGAUGAACACUGUGGACCAGGCUCAGACCAUGGUGAACUACUACGCUACGGUCACCCCCCUCAUCAGACAGCAGCCUGUAUUCAUGCAGUACAGCAACCACAAGGAACUCAAGACCGACAACUCACCUAACCAAGUAAGAGUCCAGGCAGCACUGCAGGCAGUGAAUGCUGUCCAGGGUGGCACCAUGUUGGGCUCUACCAUGUCCGGUAUGGGGGGUGUAAUGGGUGCUACCAUGUCAGUUGGAGGGGGAGAGAUGGGAGCCAGAGGCAUGGCCACCCAGAGCCCUGUCCUUAGAGUCAUAGUGGAAAACCUCUUCUACCCCGUCACACUGGAAGUCCUGCACCAGAUCUUCUCCAAGUAUGGGUCUGUUCUGAAGAUCAUCACCUUCACUAAGAACAACCAGUUCCAGGCUCUGGUCCAAUACGCUGACCCCAUGACGGCACAGCACACCAAAAUGUCUCUAGACGGUCAGAACAUCUAUAACGGUUGCUGUACUCUGAGGGUGAGUUUCUCCAAGCUGACCAGCCUCAACGUGAAGUUUAACAACGAUAAGAGCCGUGACUACACCAGACCUGACCUUUCUACUGGAGAGCAACACAACCCUCAGCCUGGAAUGGACCAGCACGCGAUGGCUGCUGCCGCCUUCGGGUCUCCAGGUCUGAUCUCAGCAUCUCCUUAUGGACACGGAUUCCCCCAGGCCUUCACUCUACAGCAGGCAGCAGGUUUGUCUAUGCCCGGUGCCUUGGCGUCAUUCGGUAUGGGUCCAGGGGGCAUGGCCGCUAGUCGUCUCGGCCUGCAAGCCCUCGGCGGUGGAGGAGGACAAGCUGGCGUGCUAUUGGUCAGCAACCUCAACCCAGAGAGCGUUACACCAAACUGCCUCUUUAUUCUCUUUGGUGUGUAUGGUGACGUGAUGAGAGUGAAGAUUCUGUUCAAUAAGAAGGACAACGCUCUGGUCCAGAUGGCUGAUGGCACACAGGCUCAGCUAGCAAUGAGCCACCUGAACGGGGUGCGUCUCCAUGGCCGGUCUCUACGUGUCUCCAUGUCUAAACACACCACCGUACAGCUGCCCAGAGAAGGCCAUGAGGAUCAGGGGUUGACUAAGGACUAUGCCACCUCUCCUCUCCAUCGUUUUAAGAAGCCUGGCUCCAAAAAUUACAACAACAUCUACCCUCCCUCUGGCACACUGCACCUCUCCAACAUACCUCCUGCAGUAGGGGAGGAGGAUCUGAAGGCUUUGUUCAGCAGUUCAGGAGCUUCAGUCACGGCCUUCAAGUUCUUCCAGAAGGACCGUAAGAUGGCUCUGAUCCAGAUGAGCUCAGUGGAGGAAGCUGUUGAGAGUCUCAUCGAGUUCCACAACCAUGACCUGGGAGAUAACCACCACCUCAGAGUGUCUUUCUCCAAAUCUACCAUCUAACACAAUCACUCACACACAGCUGUAACUACAGAGUAUAGACCAAACCUGUUCAUCAGAAUGCCUUCCACGUCGUUUGUAUGUCAAGUCUUGUUCUACACGAGACACUUAAUCAUUCCUUUAUACUUGUUUAAGUUUUAUUAUUUUUACACAAUUAUUUACAUUUACUAUGGAUAUAAUCGGUUCAUAUUUUAUUUUAGUAGUUCGACUUCUAUGGAAGGAAACUCACAGAACUCUCCAAGAUGCACAUCUAGUAUUUCUGUUUCUACACUCUGCAGAAUGCACAUCUAGUCUUUCUGUUUCUAGAUUACAAUGUUUUUUUCAUUUGAUAUACUUAAAAAAAAUAUUCCAUUGAUUAAUGUUUUCUGUUUCUACUGUCUGUCCUUGGGAUCUUCACCACUAGUCAUAUUGCUCUAACAAAAUGCCUUUCUGCAACAGUCUAGUGCCUUAACCAGACCAGCUGGCUAGCCUUUCCAUGCUAUUACAUUGAUUUUAUACGAUUGGAGAUAUAUAUUUCUUUGAACAUCAAUAAUUUGAUUUGAAAUAUAUGGCUGUGGUCUUCCCUUUUUGAUUUCUAGAUGUACACUAUGCAUUCCAUUGUAUUUUUGUAACAUUAGUAGUUCUAUACUCUUAUUUUCUAUACUGUUUGAUAUCUACAGGUCACUGUGCCUCAAGUCUUAAUUCUUGCUCCAGAGGUGCCACUUAAAAUCAUGCAGCAUUUAGUCUUUAGUGCCUACUUCACCCCUAAUAUUUUACAGAUACACACAUGCAAUUCUCCAAUUUUAUUUCACACAGGCUUAGGUAUUUAGUUCCUACAACACAAAUGUAUUUAUUACCUUUGUUCUGGCACUGACUGUCUAUAUAUAGCUUUUGCUAUAGAUUCUUCUGUAGCAUAAACAGUUUCAUGUAGCUAUUGAUGGUUGAUGUUAUUGAGGACCAAAGUACCUACCACCCCUGCUACUUAAAUGAUCCUUGUCAGUUUAAAAGACAACGUUCUAAACUCUCUUUUCUCCCAUUGGUUUGAUUCUAUGGUCCAAAUCGCCUUUAGGGAUUUGAUUUUGUUUUAAUUUUAUACCUAAUCAGUCGGCCACUAGAUUUAAAAAUCGUAAUUAUACCUUGAAUUUGUGAUAUUUGGUUUCUUGGCCCAUUUCUGAUUCAUUACAGUUAAAUUUCUCUGGUAGAGUACUUUAAGCAUGAAUAUAUAUACUGUAUGUUGACCUAGUUGGUGAUAUCACAGUGGAUAGCUGUGAGGUAGUUCUGUGUUCCUCUCCUGGUAACGGUUGACGCUUUUAUUUUCCAUUAUGGGUUUUAUUGAGGUCAGGGGUCAACAGGAUGUGAUGUCAUGAAGCAGGGGGAGGGUUUUUGUCUGUCUAUAUUUAGUGUUUUUGUACCACAGUGAUUUGGAUUGUACCACAGAUUCCAUUUCAUUCCAACAUGUAUAUUUUGAUAUAUAGUUAACAAACGUUGAUUCCAACAUGUAUAUUUUGAUAUAAAGGUAAUGCCAGCUUUCUCUGGAGGGCUGUAAAGAUGAGUUUUGUAUCACAAAAAAUUAAACUUAAUGGAACACA